AUGGCAAGCCGCUCCUACCGCAUCAGCACGGGCUGCCGGGUGAGGAAUUUCAGCUCCUGCUCUGCCGUGGUGCCCAAGCGGGGCACUCACAGCUGUGUCAAUGCCAUGGCCUACCAGGGGGGCAGUGUUGGGGGGCCCGGCUACAGACGCCUUGGGGGCUUUGGCAGCCGGAGCCUGUGUGUGGUGACCUCCCCCCGGGUCGCAGUGAGUUGCAGACGACCCCUGCGCAGUGGGAGCAGUUUUGGCUACCGGGCAGGAGGUCUCUGUGGGCCCAGUCCCCCCUGCAUCACCUCCGUGUCGGUCAACGAGAGCCUGCUGGCCCCCCUCAACCUGGAGAUCGACCCCAACGCUCAGUGCGUGAAACAGCAGGAGAAGGAGCAGAUCAAGUGCCUCAACAACAGGUUUGCUGCCUUCAUCGACAAGGUGCGCUUCCUGGAGCAGCAGAACAAGCUGCUGGAGACCAAGUGGCAGUUCUACCAGAACCGCAAGUGCUGCGAGAGCAACCUGGAGCCCCUGUUCGAGGGCUACAUCGAGACCCUGAGGCGGGAGGCCGAGUAUGCGGAGGCCGACAGCGGGAGGCUGGCCUCGGAGCUCAAGCACGUGCAGGAGGCGCUGGAGGGCUACAAGAAGAAGUAUGAAGAGGAACUGGCCCUCAGGGCCACAGCCGAGAAUGAGUUCGUGCUGCUGAAGAAGGACAUAGACAGCGCCUAUCUGCGCAAGGCAGACCUGGAGGCCGAUGUGGAACCACUGAGGGAGGAGGCCAUCUUCCUGCGGACCCUCUAUGAGGAGGAAAUCUUCAUCCUUCGGUCACAGAUCUCGGAAACCUCAGUGGUGGUGAAGAUGGACAACAGCCGGGUGCUCAACAUGGACGUGGUUGUGGCUGAGAUCAAGGCUCAGUAUGAUGAUAUUGCCAGCCGCAGCAGGGCUGAGGCCAAGUCCUGGUACCAAACCAAGUGUGAGGAGAUGAAGGCCACAGUAACCCAGAAGGGUGAGAACCUUCGCAAAAUCAAGGAUGAGUUCAGCGAGCUGAACCGCACCAUCCAGAGGCUGACGGCCGAGGUGGAGAACGCCAAGCAGCAGCGUUGUAAACUAGAGGCUGCCAUAGCCCAGGCAGAGCAGCAGGGUGAGGCGGCCCUGAGUGACGCCCGCUGCAAGCUGGCUGAGCUGGAGGGCGCCCUGCAGAAGGCCAAGCAGGACAUGGCCUGCCUGCUCAAGGAGUACCAGGAGGUGAUGAAUUCCAAGCUGGGCCUGGAUGUGGAGAUUGCCACUUACCGCAAGCUGCUGGAGGGAGAAGAAAACCGGUUAUGUGAAGGCGUGGGAUCAGUCAACAUCUGUGUGAGCCGUUCCCAGGGUGGCAUGGUCUGCGGAGACCUUGGUUCCACUGUCUCUCGUGGCCUGGGGGGCGUGACCAUCGGCGGAGGUGCCCUGUGCACCCCCUCUGUAGUGGGAGCCUGUUCAAGUACAAGAUAUGUGCGGUUUGCAUAG